GUGAGCUGAAUGGGCGGUGACUGGGAGCUAUUGCAGUCCAGUGUUUUCACAACUCAGACUUUCUUAACAUGGGGCGUUAUGGAGAGUUAAUAUCUACCGUGUUUGUGAGGAUUUUUGCUUUUCUGUUCUGGGUAAGUCAUUUAACAUUGGGUCAAAAUUAACAAUAUAACUACUGAAAGAAACAUAAUAUCACAACUCCCCCCCCUCCCCAUUUAACAGGACUGUUGAAUGUUCUGUGAUUGUAUCGACUUAAAUAUUUGUCAUUCUAAUGAAUCGGAACUUGGUAAAUCUCACUUUACCACGUAGUCCAAUAACUUGGUGAAUCUGUUUGACUUCAAAACUUUUCACACGUAGUGUCUGUCAUUUAACCCCUUAAAUGGAUGUUAGCAGUUGUGUUGUUUUAUCACACAGUGUUUCUAUGUAUCUUAUUGAUCCCAUAGGCGUUUGUAUUGAUUACUGGACUGAAUCUGUAAAUCUGUGUUGUUUUUUUUUUUAUUUAUUUAUUUUUUUUAAAUUAGGCAAUCCACUUGUUAUUGCCAUUUUAUAUCAGUUAAUAGUUUCUGCUUGCAUCCACUUCCUGCCUUUAAAAAAAACAAAACAAAUUAAAACUUUUUUUUUUUUUGUUUUUUUUUUUUGUCUCGAAACAACAUAUGGUAAACAUGAUCAUAAAGUCUUUUUUUUUUUUUUUAAUAUCCCAUAAAAGUUCCCCCAAAGUAUCCCUGCGUCAUAUUAAUUGGCUCCAGUAAUUCCCAUGGGUUUAAUCCGAUAGUCAAACAAAGUGCUGGUUGUUUUGGUCCCAGUAGGGGGUGAUGUUCCAAAAAGAAUGUAACCUGGAUUUCAGGCUAUACUUGUUUUGCUCUCCUGCUGCUAUAGUAGCGGACAUUCUAAGCUUGAUACUUUUUACUUAUCGCCAUUCUGUAGAAGAGGCACCCUGACAGCACAAAGGGCAGGGGUCUCAAGUCUUCAUAGGAUCAGUUUUAAACUAUCACUCCUUCCAAAUAUGUAUUAUUCUGCUGCUGUUAACGUUUGUGUUAAACUCAUUUGGUUCAGUAAAGGAAAAAAUUCAGGUUUGGGAUAUAGUGCUAAAAGUGGGAAAAUACUUGGGAGAUUUACAGGAAUAAAAAUAAAAAAAUGCUCUCCCCUCCCUCCCAUUCUAAGCUACUUCCUUGCUGGAUUCAGCACUUGCAGUUGUGAUGUCACUGGCUAAUAUUCCUUUCUGUCACUCCUAAAUUGCACUAUUUUUGUUGGAGACUAUGACUCAAAAUUGCACCUUAACUAGCAGGGGGCUAACAGUGCCACUUUAAUUUAGUGGUUCUGGGGCAAAAAGAAUGUCAAAGCAGUCUUUCCAGUGAAAACACUGCUUUUUUUUUUUUUCUUAAAUGAAAAAAGGUAGUUCAAUUGCAGCCUAACACCACCUCUAGUGGCUGUCACUCAAACGCUAAACAGACAGGUGCCCAGUAUAUGCCGCUGCGCUGUACAUAUAUACAACCUAGGAAACUAUUUUAACUUUGGGCGCCCUGGAAAAAUAUUAAGAGUGCCUUGAACUUAAAAACUUUGGGAGCCACUGCUCUAACCUACUAGUGGAUUUCAAACUUACUUUUUUUUUUUUUUUUUUUCGCUGCUUCCUUGUCUGUUAUGCAUGUUGCUUGUUUCAGAAAAAGUAUUAUACCCAUACACUCUUCCAGAAUACACACAAACACAAUGUCAGACAUUCAUGCACAGAUUUGCACAGAUGAACAAUGUCUGACACAUAAUUACUUGAAAAGAGGAUAUCAGGAGGGAUGGGUAAAGGUAGAUUAUUGCCCUGAGGAAUGAAACCAUGAGAGACUAGAAAAAAUAGAUUAAAACUUUAACUUUUAAUAGAAGAUAUUUAAAAGAACAAAGCCAUAAUCCUAAUAACCCCAAGACACCUAACUAUAUACAUAUAAAAUAACCACCAGCCAAUCUGAUACAGUGCCAGCCUGAAUAAGGGGAUUAUUCACUAAACAAUGCCUUUGCAUGAUAGCACAAUUUGUUCAAUAAAGUUAGUGCUAACAUACUAUUGGCCCUUAGUAGACCAGGCUAACAUUGAUGGGUGUGUUUUAAAAUCUAUAAAGUGUAAGAACGAGAGGGGAACAUCCACUGAACUGGUAAUUCUACGUGGAGCAAUAAUGGUUGGACAUCAAAAUAUUGUUAAAAAGGGGGCGGGGCCAGACUGCCAUGCUGACCGGUUGCAUGCGGGAGAGGCUCCUGCAGGGAAUGUCUAUUUAAAGUGAAUCAAGGGGCUUACUAGCUUUCCUGAGCCAGGAACAGAAGGCAGACGCUGCGGGUGGAUGCUGGUGGUGUAGUAGACUCCAAACUCGGUGUCUGCGGCCUACUUGGGAGAGGAGCUAAGCGGAUGGCCGCUGCCCUGCUCUUAUCUCCGGCUUCCCAACAUCGGCACUCAGACUCCAACUGGUCCCGUUAGACCCCCCCCCCUCUCCCCAUUGGACCAGCGGGGGUUAUCCCAGUCGCCAUUGGAGGGAUCCGACACUAAGAUUAUGACUGACUAAAGCUUACAUGACCCUGGAUUCCCGCGCCCCGAUCACAACAUGGCUGCCAAUCACAGCUCCCUGAGAACACCUGCAGGCUGACACAUCAAGGAAAGUGUUGAAAGGCUCUCACUCACGAUGCUGCACCAUCCUACUGAGGCCUCGAAACUCAGAGGAGGGCUGUCGGUCCCAUCUCCGUACUCAGCCGUUCAGAUCCUUGUGGCUGCUUACCUGGGCCUAGAGUCCUGAGAGGACGAACCUCACAUCACUGCUUAACUCUGAUGUCGACUCACAAGAGUGCCGGAUCUGAGGGCACAUGAUGCGUGCUGUGGCCCGGAAAAAGCUGGGACUUUCUCAUUAGGUGAACGGGAGUAGCCUGAUGGUCAACCAUGUUUAGAGAGCCUAUAUACAUGCCUAAGUUAGUGGCCUUGUAGCCAAUAGACAGAGGAAUGCCUGAAGUUUUAAUCUGGGGGCUCCAGUGGUAUCUGCUUGUUCUAACUUCGUGUGUUGCAGUCCAAAAUAUAAUUUAUGUAUUUUUAUUUUGACCAGUUCCUUGUUACCAGUGCAUAGGCUAAGCAUUUAUUACAAAAUACCUUCUUUCGUUACAACGCACUGUGUACUUAUCAGCAUUAUUACAGUUUUAUUAUUUUCUACUACAAUAAUGUGCAAAAUCUUAGUGCCAUGACUCUAUAAAACUGUUUAUUACGAAAAUGUUUGCUCUUGCUGUUGUGGCAUUGCAAGCCUGCAUGUACUUACUAGAACAAUAAAAAAAAAAAAAAAAAAGUGUUCUGCAGAAAUAUACCGAUCGUAGUUCCUCCUGAUAAGAGGUGAAUGUUGGUACAAUACAAUGGGAGGAUGGUCUCCUAUUUGUAACGUCUUCUGACGACCCUAAUGCUGCUGCUUAUUGUAGCCCUGCUAGGGAAGAUAUAUCCCUCCCCCAAUUAGAAGACUAAGUGCAACAGGUCCUCUGAGCUUGACCAGGCACCCAGGGCCGUAUUUAAGGAGGGGCAAAAGGGGCAGCUGCCCCGGGCCCAGUUACUCCUGGGGGCCCUAAGGCAUCUGCCCCAUGGGCCCCCUGCGGCACCUGAGGUAAUCAUGGGCCACAGCCCUUUAAUACUGCUCUGGAUUGGCCCGGGCCCCUGUUAUAUGGGGGGUGGCUGACUACAUACUCACAGCUAGCCCCCUCACAUACUGCCCUGUGAGUCUCUUUGUUUCCUGGGCAUGCUGGGAGGCAGUGAGGUCAGAUUGCUUCCUCCCAGUAAGAACUGAUCACUUCCUCCUCAGUGCCGCUGGGGAGGAGGCACACACCACACGGAGGAUGCAAGCAUUGUGGGGGAGAGGGACUGAGAAAGCUGAUGGCAGACUCCCAUCAGCCUGGGCCAGCAAGCUCUCACUGGACCCCAGGGAAGCCACCUUUCUGUACCCAAAAUGUAAGGAGACAGGAGGGUGGCUAAAUAUGUUUUGUUUUUUGUUUUGCUAAUUUCUGAUAUCACUUUUAUUUAAGUGUGUUGGUGUUUGUAAUGUAACACACAGGGAAUAAGUACAUGUUAAAAUCCUAGAAGAACCUGACAGUUCCCUAUUAAAUAUAAAUUUAAAAAGUAUUUAUUUUAACAUAUUAUUGCAUCAAGUGUUAUCAAAGGCUGUACACCAUUUUCAAAUGUCACUUUUGCCAAAUUCUGGACCAGGGUAUGUAAGAACAGAGUUGAGAUAUUAUAUUGGCCAUGGUUGCUGGGAGUUGCUGUCCAAGAGCUGCUAGAAGGCAGAGAUUAAAAUAUGUAAAUGUACACAUAUAUAUGUGUGUGUGUGUGUGUAUCUGGCUGUGUUUGUCUGUGUGUCAGUGUUUCUGUGUGUAUGGAUACCUCAUACACCCGUGUGUGUGUGUAAGUGUGCAUCUGAGUGUGUGGUAAUGCAUACAUCCCAGCAUUUUAAUGCCAACACAAAUACACUCCUACAUUCCAUCUCUAGCACUGUACACAUAUACACCCCUGCAUUUAUACCUUUAUGUGUGUGUAUAUACCUGUGUCAGUGUGUGUAUAUCAAAGUGCUUGUAUCUGUGUGUCAAAGGGUGUGUAUCUGAGUGUGUGUGUGUGUGUGUGUGUGUGUGUGUGCCAGUAUGUGUCAAGGUGUGAGCAUGUGUGUAUCUGCGUGUUAAUGUGUAUGUGUAUAUGUGUUAUAGAAAUCACACAACAUGCAAACAGACCCCUGCAAACACAAACAUUACAAACACACCAGUUUGCUGAAACACUAAUACUACACACAAAUGUACACAUGUAUUUAAAAGACAACACUACAUCCAAACACCCCCCUGCAUGCAAAUACAAACAUUACAUGCAAACACAUUCCUGUAUUAAAACGCUAAAAUUAUAUACAAACACCAACUCUACACACAAAAGUACACCUGCAUUUAAAAGCCAACACUACAAACAAUCACACAUCCCUGCAUUAAAAUGCAAACACUACACACAAGUACACCACUGCAUUCCAAUGGUAACAGUACAUACAAAUACACCCCUACAUGCACACAUACACUCUAUACAAUAACGUGCUGACAUUCAUCUGCACAAACACUGCUCAAAAAUACAACCCUGGAAGGAUGGUAGAUCCCCAGCUGGUAUAGCAUCGCAGGAGUUGUAUGACAGAUGGGGAUCUAUCUUUUCUUUACUCUUGUGCUACAGGGCAGGCCUGAAUUUUUUUGUUGUUGCACCAAGGCACUACAUUAGUUUCGUCUCUAGGUUGGGGUGGAGGGAGUGAUUGCAUGCCCAGGGGGCCCAAACAGAUGCUUGCCCAGGGUCCAAUCAAUAUUAAAGACGGCCCUGCAGGCACCUUACCAGGGUACUGCCUGUGCCCCUCUGAUGGCUGCCCCUCUCAAUAAUAACCAAGGUGUUAAAUACCCCAUAGAAUUGUUGUUAGUAGAACAGUGGUAAAUAGUAUCACUGUUUUUUUUUGGUCACCAGAGCAUGUUUACGUGCACGUUAACCUGAGUUAAAUGUACCUGUAAGAAAAACGUAUGAUCAGAAGAAUACUGAUAACAAUGGAGGUUAUUAAUUGAUUUAUAUUUUUCUAGAUUAGCUAGCUUAGAAAAUGUUUCCAGUUUGCUAUUUUUACCUUGAAAUUCACUUUCAAUUUCCAUCAGUUCUCACCAUAGUGAAUAACAACAUUUUUUUUUUUUUUUUUCAUACUGACUAGUAGUGCAUUAGAGGAUGCUCUGGGGUAUGUAAUAUGCAUGUGCUGCAGGGGGAAAUCAGACGAUUUUGGCUAAUCCUUCCUAAAUAAAAUGGGUGGUGCUUUGGAUCUGAUCUAUGUGGAUUUUGUUCAUUCUUUUUAUUCCGUUCCACGCAAAAGAUUGCUGUACAAAUUAAUAGCAAGUUGUUUAAAUAAAACAUAUCAUUGGCUUAAAUUAUAUGUUGUUAAUGGAAUGUUUUUAAGUUGGCUAAAGCUCAUUCAAUCAGUCCAUAGGAAAGCAUUUCUCAAUGCUUUCCUAUGGACGGCAGCGUCUUCUCACAGUGGGAAGCGCCUCUAGCGGCUGUCAAUGAGACGGCCACUAGAGGCUGGAUUAAUUAGUGUAAACUGCUAUGUUUACAGCAGGCAGGAUUAACCCUAGAUGGACCUGGCACCCAGAUCACUUCAUUGAGCUGAAUUGGUUUGGGUCCUUUUUUAACUUCCAUUAAAUCAGUUUAUUAAUGGACAUUGAAAGUCACAGAUGGCACAAACCCUGGUGAGGAAAUGUGAGUAGGUUUUCCUUCACUGCAGACGGAAUUUGGAGAAAUAUGAGGACUGAACAGACAAGAUUUAACAUAGGUGAAAACAAACAUGGACACAAAAAACAAUCUACACCCCAAAAACUUCAAAGUCAGAGAAACGAUAAGAAGGAUUUGGGAAUAAUUACCGACAAGAUUAAGCAACAUUGUCCAGGAUCCAGCAGCAAUUGCUAAGGCCACCUAGUUAUGGUCUUGCAUAAAAAGGGGUAUUUAAUGAGAUGAAAAUACAAUUUUCCCUCUUUUUAUAAAUCAAUGCAAAGAACCUAUUUGCAAAGAUGAUGUAAAGCUUUAAAGAGUGUAGAUGGAGGCUACAAAAUGUAAUAAUGGAAAUGUUUGAUUUUGCUGAACAUGUUUGUGUAUGUUCAUUAAACAAAUAUUUAUACAGAGUCAGUACAAACGGCUGUCUGGUGACCUGUUCGUUAAUAAGACUGUUAAAAGGAGGGUUUAGAGCUAAAGAAUGAAAAGUUGACCUGUGGCAGAGGAAAGGGUUAAAUACAGUAAAAAUGUGUUGCUGCAGGGCUGGUCACUUCCGGUGACGGAUAUGGGAAUUGGCAUUGAUGUCCAAAUGCCGACCCUCCAAGUGCUGGCUGAUCGAACAGCUCUGUAGAGCUAACCCUGGCUUAAAAUCUAUUUUAAAAAAAGUGUUUGUAUAACUGAUUAACCCUAUACUUAACUUUUUAAAAAAUUUUUGUUUUGUUUAGGCUGCGACUGUUGCCAUCCUGUAUGCUGUGUUUUUCCUCUUGUCAGCAUACAGACACUACAAACUUUUUUUCCAUGACUUCCACAUUCUCCUACCGUGUGGUUUCGUUAUAGCUGGAGCAGGCAUCCUUCUGAUCAAUGGUUGUCUGGGCUGUAAAAUUUCACACAAAGAUUCUCGCUGCAAGCAAGGAUGUGUGAGUAUGAGUUGUCUUAUUGCUUCCUUCCUUCCUUUUUAUUUUUUUAUUUUUUAUGUGAUCUAAGUAACAUGAUUAGAGUAAGUACAUUUGAUUGUCUUUGUACUUUUCUAGAUCAGGGGUGAGCCCAGUCAGUGACUCCUGGUUGUGGAAUUUGUAAUAUGUGGUGUUUCUUUUUUUUUUUGUGUGUGUGUGUGUGUGUUUUUUAUAUCCCUGAGAAUGCAGUUGAAUUAGCCCUUUGUUAUUUUUCAUGCCUCCUACUACAGGCAUCUGUAGCACGCCUCACUAGGAUGUGUCCCCAUGAGGACAGGGUCUGUAUUUCUUAAGCUAAAUUGUUUAAAAGAUUUUCAUAGCCACAUCUUCGUAUAAGGAAUGGGCACCCACUCAGAUGAUUUUGGUUGCUUUAAUACAUGAUUUCCUUGUAUCAUUUUCUGAAUACAAUGAGUUUGUUCUUUUACCACCUGGGCAGAGUCAGCAAAGGCACCGUCCACAAGCAAAUCUAAAUUUUAAACUGUAUUAUCUGCUUCAUAUUCAGCUAAAGCGCUUUCACUGUCUGAUGUUCAAAAAGUUGAGUACUUAAGUUUCUUCUGUUUAUUAGUUUUACCGUGUUUGUAACUUAUGUGCUGAGGCUACCUUGUCUUUGCAGCACUAACUACAUUAUGGCAAGUUAUCGGCAAUGAUUUACACGCAUGAUAUUUUUGGUUCUUUUUAUUUUUUUUUCUUCUCUCGAUGGAGGAUUUUCUCAGGACUACAAAUUAGGUAUUUUCUCAAUUGUUUUACUUUACUAUUUUUUUAUUUAUUAUUUUUUCCUUAAAUUUUUCACAUUUGUAGAAGUAAAAGGAAGGUUCACUACAGAACAUCUUGAAUAAGUACCACAAUUGUCCUUGGGUGCUACUCAUUUGAAAAUAGAGUUUGGCACUAUGCAGUCUUGCAUAUUAAAGAUAGAGCCAAUUUGUAAACCAUGCAAGGCUACCCGCUCCCAUGUAUAGCUAGCAAUUGCAGAAGUGUUGUUAUGGGUUUUAUGCUCAACACCUAUCUACUGACUUUCCAGUUGGGCUGUGCAUGGAAAAAGCCUUUGUCAUUCUAUUAAAUUUUUUUUUUUUUCCCCUAAUGGAUGGCUUUGUGAUCAAGUAGUUUCUUCUGUAAAAGGCUUAACUGUACAAAAUAAUAAAAAAAUUAAAACAAAAUAAGGAAAAAAAGUGGAAGCAAAACUUGGUUUUAUUUGUGUUUUUUCAUGGGUUUAAUAGCGAUUGAGUUCUCUUUUCAGAGAAAGGGAGUCUUAAGUCAAUACAAAGAAAUAUAUAGAAGUAGAGAAGGAUAAAGGAAAGAGUUGGCCAUCUGGCACUCCCAAAGUAGCUGAGGAGUAGUUACAGGUCGGGUCUGUGAAUUUACUAAUGGGGCAGGUAUCUCAGUACCCUCUCUGGGAAUUUGUUAGCGAAGUGGCAACUGGUAGAUUUAUAGACCACUUGUACUUUUCCAAAUAUUUUACAUCAUAUUAGAGAUCUCUUUAUCUAGCUCAUCUGCCGACCAAAGGGGAUUUGAAGGUGUUAGUAAAUUUUUUAGAAGUCAAACAAAUGUAAACAUUUGAAGACCUAAUUAUUCUGGAAUUAUUUCAUUUCAACUUAGAAUUUGUUGGGUACGAAUUUUAUUAACAUAAAAUUAUUGUGAAACUUGAGAAAAAUACUCCUAAGAACAAGACUUCCACUGAGAGGAUAGCUAGCAAAACCAUACAAAUGGGAGCAUGUGAGGAAAUGUACUAUUAUUAUUGGUGGAGCUCUGUAGACCAUCUAAAUAUAUUGAACAGCUCUUUGUUUGGUAUUUUAUAUGCCUUAGUAUCAACCUCCCUGAGAGAAUAUUUACAAAGAGAAGAAAAAUCAAGUGUAGGUGAUAGUGACACUCUCAAUUUAGGAUAGGCAGCAAUGGCUGUGAUACUACUCUACUGGAUAAAACAGGCUCCCACUUAAAGCUAGAAUUUGUAGAAAAAGUUAUUGGAUAAAAUCGAAUAGAUUAUCAGGAGUAGUUAUGGUGUGUGCAAUAUGUCUUUAAGAAAUAUCAAAGUGGGGGGCGGAGCUUGCAGCGGACCCAACCGGACGCAUCUCCCGCGAGCUCCGACACUAAGUGGACCAAACGGCUAAUUUAACGGACGAAACCCAGAGCACACGGGCUGUUACCUACCCUGCAGCUGAUCGCAAUAACAUGGGCUGAAAAACGAAGAAAACCAAGGCGGCCCAACAGCCAAGAUAUCGGAAGCAUCCUCUUACUGCUCUGAGGACUUCCACGCUGAUCUGGACGGAGGAGCCAUGCUGGGAGCUGUACCGAAGGUACAAAUCACUCCACCUGCUGGCCAAGAAUCGAUCACUAAAUAUAUGCUGACAACCAUGCUGGAGGAGCUGCGCUCAAAUAUAGCAGCCGACAUCUCACAAUUUAAAGAGACAGUAGCUGGUGCACUUACCCGACUUACAGCCGUAGAGGUCACAUCUGGCAACCAGGACUCCAGAUUAAUUAAACUAGAACAGAGACUGGAAGAGAUACAUCUAGCCCAUACAGGCAUGGAGGCCAGAGUUGACACCCUGGAAGACCAGAGGCGACGGUACAACCUCAAACUGAGGGGCAUCCCUGACACAGUGAGUACCGAGGAAACGCCGCACUACAUAAGGCGUCUCAUCUCAACCCUGCUACCGGCCAAACAAGCAAAGGCACUAAAACUGGACGGCAUGUUCAGGCUACCAAUGCCAAAAAAACGCCCAUACCACGGCCAUAGCGGAUUUCAUCCUCCGCUUCCAAACAAUGCAUGACAAAGCCUUAAUCUCAUCAGCAGUGAGAGGGAAAAUCCGAUCCAAUUCGAAGGCUCAUCUCUGCUCCUAUUCCCUGACCUCACCAAAAAGACAUUACUCUGGCACAGGUCAAUGAAACCCCUACUCCAAAUCCUAAGAGCCCAAUCCUAAGGGAUUCUGGGGAAACCCCAGACUACUCAUACUUACCCGCCCGGGAGGCACCUACAGAGCCAAGAACCCACUAGAACUAGAGGCCAACAUGCGCAGCCUGAAGCUGCUACCCGCCUCAACCUCCCGCCUCGGAAACAUGGACCCGUCUAAGAUCCCAACCUUCAUGCCACGGUCAACCGCAGGACGGCUGCCUGCAAUACUGGUCACUUGACUGGCCUACGACACAUAGUUCGCCGGCAGGAGACACCUCCACCAACAAGCCAGAAGGACGGCAAGAUCGUGCAGACGAACUGCGUACUAACACUUUUAUAACUCUUACGUUAUUUUUGGUGGUUAUUAUUAUCCGCUGCUGCGCUCCCACUUAUACCUGACUAUCCUUCUCCCCCUCUGUAAUGAAGCUGUUACCUCAACGGGGAGCUGAUACACCCCGACCUGGACGCUAUCCUGACAAACCCAUGCAGAGGGUGCACGUUAUUUGAGAAGUCCUCCCCACUCUUUUUAUAGCACGAAACACAUAUGCCAUCGAUAUGUAAUAAGAGGGUGCUAAUCUGUACCUUGAGAAAGGUUCUACGCUACCUGUUAGGCCCACAUGCCCAUAAAUAUAUAAAAGUCCUCCCCCCACUCUGUACUGAUACAUUGUCUAAAUGCCAUGCUUGUUUUAUUGUAUAACUUUGUUCCAAGCAUAUCAUCUGUUGCAUACUCCUGAGUGGAGUGAGACAAAAAUAAAGAAUUAAAAAAAAAAAUAUCAAAGUAAAAAAAAAAAAAAUGGCAGUCUGUGUAUAACAAAUGUUUCAAUAUAUUAGUCCCAAUGUUAUUGGAAUAUUACCACAAUAAAUGGUUAACUAGGAUACAGUUGAUACAAUGUUCAAAGAUUUAUAGUGUCUGCCUGUAUCAGAUGACCCCAGUUAUCGGCACAGCUGGGGUUAGUCUGUUUUAAACAGACUAUUUGUUAUAGUACUGACAGUAUGUUUUUGAACUGUGUUGAUCACCAUUAUGUACGAAAGAUAGAAGUAAGAAUGUCGGUGUGCUAAGGAAUGAGAAAUACAAUAUAGACACAGUAAAUUUGUAGUAAGUUUGCUUGAAGAGGUAUCUCACAAUGUAUAUAAAAGAUGAAGACCCGCUGGGGCUCCUUUGUGGGCGUGAGCCGUGACCCCGACUGGCCCCCCCCCACAGCAUUGAAGUCAUCGCCCACCACCACUUCCCCUUCCCCUGUGUUUGCCAAUGUAGUGAGGGAGUCCCAGAACUGAGGGGUCUGGGUUGUUCCGUGCGUAAACGUUAAGUAUGUGUUAUUUGGUUGUGUGCAUUGUGCCUGAAUAGCUACCCCAGCGCGCUUGCGCAUUGCUCUGGCCUCAAGUCCUCAAAUCCUCUCCCUACCCCGUGUCUCUCAGGACGGUACUAUACUAUUGUACCACCUGGGUUUUCACUAAUUUUACUCUAGAUUAUACAAACUACUUGAAAUAAAACAAAACCUGAAACUUUUUUACAUAAUAAAGCCUGGUCUUACAGAUCGUCAGAGCAGCCUGGGGUGCGAGCCACUCCUGCCCUGAGAGCACGUGUUCCCAGCGCCGGGUGGCAGCUCCCAGCCCUAUUCCGCUGCGUCGAUUGUGCGAGACACACACAUACCAUAAUAUUAAUUAUAAUGUAAACUCUGGAGCCACUGGGUCUUUACCCCCUUGUCUAAACUCCUCCUCUUCACACCUCUUGAUUUCCAGGGGAUUACCCAUCAGCCCCAUUAUCUCCCCUUAUAAGCCAAAGCCAAAGAUUAUCGUCCGACAGGGGCGUUGACGUAGCCUCAUUCCUGGGCCUGUGGGGACCCCCUCCGGGGACAUUCUUGGCUGUUGUGUCCUGGGGUGGGUGGGUGUGAAGACUGUGGCCUGGAGACUAUAAAGAUGGAGGCUCGGCCGGGUCUCAGCCCCCAUGUGUUUGAGUGAUACAUUUCUAACCACUAUGAUGGCAUUUUCAUUUUGAGUGCAAGGACACAGUGUGUAAAUUAGACAAUUUUGGAAGGGUUUUUUUUUUCUCAAUGAAUCACAGUGAAAAUGACAAGUUGGGACAGAAAGUAUUGUAUACAUUUUAAUUAUACAUAUUAUUCAACUGUAUUACUAGGGUAGUGACUUUGUAUUUUGUUCUGUAGAUGCAAAUUCUUACAAGAAAAUCAGAAUAGUACAGUAUUGUAUUUUCAGGGUAAGGUUAUAAUUUAGUAGCAAAAUUUCCUUAUCACAUAUUGUCGGCACAGAGAGUCUCAUUAACCCCUUAAGUACCAAACUUCUGGAAUAAAAGGGAAUCAUGACAUGUCAUGUGUCCUUAAGGGAUUAAACUCAAUGGUAAGGUUACGUACAAGUCCGAUUCAAACUAGCCUAGCCGCAAUACUAAUCGGAUGUUUUUACUACUUAUUAGACAUUCCAUGAGUAACUAUUUUUAAAUUUUGUAUUUUAGUUUAUGUAUUUCAUCAUUGUCCUGCUGUGCUUGGAGGCCACUGGAGUUGUACUGGCACAUAUUAACAUCAACAGAGUGAGUACAGGAAAUCAUUUUACUAUUAAAGUCAAAUUUUAUAUGGUGAACUGAAUUGUGUUUAACCCCUUAAGGACCAAACUUCUGGAAUAAAAGGGAAUCAUGACAUGUCACACAUGUCAUGUGUCGUUAAAGGGACACUUUAAAUUCUUAAAGUUCUUGGGUGGGAAAGAGUGCAGGUUUUAAUAGAAAUUUGAACUUUUAUAAAUUAGCCUUGUUACACCCCCUCCUCCCUCAGCUGUCAUUUAGACAUUUCUGCUUUGUUUAGUUCGGUCGAGCUGAACCCAAGAGACCGGUUAUUGUCCAGAGCACCUGCCUUGCAAAUACUUCUCAUUGAAUUGCAUUGGGAAGUCUGUGAUUGGACAGUCACAGAAAGACUGGAUGGGAGAAGAGAGGGAUGGCUUGCCAAGGCAGCAGACCAGAGAUCUGUAGGUUUUGCAAGCUGUUUUUAGAUAUAACUCGAAUGAAAAAGUGCAUAAAUAAAAGCAUACAAGUUUUCAUUUGAGGUAUAUCUACAAAACUUUUAAGUGGUGUGUGUGUGUGUGUGUGUGUGUGGGGGUUCUUUUUUUUUUUUUUUUGAGGUGGUGGAGAGUCCUUUUUAAUGAUGAGACUGUUGGGUAGAUAAUAGUAACAUCAUAAUUAAUACAUAGAAUGUAUUUGAUUUGGUCCUCGUCCGAAAUAAAAAUGUGGUCCUGUUUAAUUCAUGUUUUGUGGCUGGCACUGUAAGUCUCAAUAUUUGAAUUUUCUAAAAGACAUUUGGAUUUUACAUUGAAAGUGUGUAUUUGUUUCACUAGUGAACAUUUUAUCCCUGGUGUGUAAGCUUGUAUCUGCUUUUUUUAUUUUUAUUUUUUUUUGUUUCAUUUCCUCAUAUGAGAGAGAGAGAGAGAGAGAGAUUUAUUUGCAUAUUCCCAUUGUUUACUCAACCAUACUUCCCUGUGUGUGAUGUCUGCAGAACUUGAGAUGUCACAGACGACAGACAGUGAUGAUAUGUUUAAAAAAAAAAAAAAAAAGAGGAAGGUUUGUCUAAUUAAACUAGCACUUUAUGUUCAAACAAAUUCUAGUUUGGACAUUUUGCUGUAUAUAUAUUUAUGACUAUGCAUAUCGAUUACAGAUGGAUUAUGAGCUGCAACCAAUGAAGAGGGCGUUCAAGCAUUAUAAUGACAGUAAAGUUGAAGCUGACACGACUGUCAACAACAUUCAGAAAGGGGUAAUUUGGUAUUUCACUUCAAUUGAUUGUGAUAAAAAAAUGUUUAAAUGCCUGGAGCCGGUCCAUCUUUUUUAACGUAGUAUAUACAUUAAUUAGGAUCGCUUAUGACGUGACUGUUUUUCGACUUGCUAAAGCUAGCAUGUGCUACGUGUCACUAAUUUUACUGUAAAUGGCUGCUUGAAAGAUGCAAUUAACAGUUUGUGCAAAAAAUUUUUAUUUUUUUUUUAAAUUUCUAUUUCCAUUCAGCAUAAAAUGAAAAUAUGCAGAUAACCGGUCUCUCUACUACCUUGGAUAUACUGUUCGCAAUUUUGUCCGACAAGCAAAAUUAGGCCUGAUCCCUUGAUUGACCUUCAUGCUUUAAAGGCAUACCAUAGGCGCACGGUAUCUGCUUCAUCUCAUUAAACUGGUUAUAGUGUUUGGAAUCCCUUGGUGCCAUCAUUCAGUCAGUAUUAAACAAUUGUUUUUUUUACAUUUUAAUCCAAACUGCGAGUCCCCAGCAGCCCUUCUGUGCUGCCUUGGCUAAUGAGGAAAUAUUGGCCUGAGCAGUAAUGAACAGCCCCAUUGCUGAUUCAGAGAAACCAUGUUUACAUAUUUACUUAAAGCAACACUAUAGUGCAGGGCCGGACUGGGAAAAAAAUUUGGCCUAGGCAUAUUUUAUUUUAUUUUUUAUCACAGCGGCCCACUAAGAAGGGUGCGGGGCAGAGAGGGUGUGUUUCGUCAUCACCAAUGACAAACACGCCCCCUCUCAAAGUGAGCAUGUUGGUUCAAUGCUCUUCCAGGGCAGACCAUGUGCAGAACUCUGCUAAAGAGCUCUAGCAUGAGAAAAAGGCCCUGUAUUUGUUCUGCGCUAGCGAAUUUAAUAACAUGCUUGCACAGUGUUUCCUUGCAACUUGUCUCUGGUGUCUCUAUAAAUGGAUACCAGGAGACAAAAGGGCCAGGAAAGAGUAUUGUCCAUGUGUUUGGAGCCUGCUUGUGCGAUUGCGUGUGUGUAGAGUGAGCUGAUUGUAGUGUGGUAUUUUGUAAUAAGGUCGGUUUUAGUUGUGUUUGUGGUGUAAUGCAUAUGUGGCCAGGGGCUGUAGAGUGUGUGUGUGUGUGUGUGUGUGUAUAGCGGAUGUAGCAAGUGUGUGCAUACAGACUAUUGUGUGUGUGUGUAUAGGGGAUCCAAAGUGUGUAUGUUAGGAGUGUAGUGUGUGUGUGUGUGUGUUUGAAGGACCCAGAAUGUGUAUAGGAGAUCUAGUGAGUGUGUGUAUAUAGCAGAUUCAGAGUGUAUAUAGGGAUCUAGUGUGUGUGUGUGUGUGUGUGUACAUGAUCCAGAGUUGGGUAAGGGAUCUAGUGUGUGUCUGGAAUGUAAUGUGUUUAGGGGUGCUGUGUGUGUGUGUGUGUGUGUGUGUGUGUAUACACAGUCAGGUCCAUAAAUAUUGGGACAUCGACACAAUUCUAAUCUUUUUGGCUCUAUACACCAACACAAUGGGUUUGAAAUGAAACAAACAAGAUGUGUUUUAACUGCAGACGUUCAGCUUUAAUUUGAGGGUAUUUACAUCCAAAUAAGGUGAACGGUGUAGGAAUUACAACAGUUUGUAUAUGUGCCUCCCACUUUUUAAGGGACCAAAAGUAAUGGGACAGAUUAAAGGGACACUAUAGUCACCUGAACAACUUUAGCUUAAUGAAGCAGUUUUGGUGUAUAGAACAUGCCCCUGCAGCAUCACUGCUCAAUCCACUGCCAUUUAGGAGUUAAAUCCCUUUGUUUAUGAACCCUAGUCACACCUCCCUGCAUGUGACUUGCACAGCCUUCCAUAAACACUUCCUGUAAAGAGUCCUAUUUAGGCUUUCUUUAUUGCAAGUUCUGUUUAAUUAAGAUUUUCUUAUCCCCUGCUAUGUUAAUAGCUUGCUAGACCCUGCAAGAGCCUCCUGUAUGUGAUUAAAGUUCAAUUUAGAGAUUGAGAUACAAUUAUUUAAGGUAAAUUACAUCUGUUUGAAAGUGAAACCAGUUUUUUUUUUCAUGCAGGCUCUGUCAAUCAUAGCCAGGGGAGGUGUGGCUACGGCUGCAUAAACAGAAACAAAGUGAAUUAACUCCUAAAUGACAGUGAAUUGAGCAGUGACAUUGCAGGGGAAUGAGCUAUACACUAAAACUGCUUUAUUUAGCUAAAGUAAUUUAGGUGACUAUAGUGUUCCUUUAACAGUCAUAAAUCAAACUUUCACUUUUUAAUACAUGGUUGCAAAUCCUUUGCAGUCAAUUACAGCCUGAAGUUUGGAACGCAUAGACCUCAACAGACGCUGGGUUUCAUCCCUGGUGAUGCUCUGCCAGGCCUCUACUGCAACUGUCUUCAGUUCCUGCUUGUUCUUGGGGCAUUUUCCCUUCAGUUUUGUCUUCAUCAAGUGAAAUGCAUGCUCAAUAGGAUUCAGGUCAGGUGAUUGACUUGGCCAUUGCAUAACAUUUCACGUCUUUCCCUUAAACUCUUUGGUUGCUUUUUCAGUAUGCUUCGGGUCAUUGUCCAAUGAGUUCUGAAGCAUUUGGCUGAAUAUGAGCAGAUAAUAUUGCCACAAACACUUCAGAAUUCAUCCUGCUGCUUUUGUCAGCAGUCACAUGAUCAAUAAAUACAAGAGAACCAGUUCCAUUGGCAGCCAUACAUGCCCAUGCCAUGACACUACCACCAUCAUGCUUCAUUGAUGAGGUGGUAUGUUUUGGAUCACGAGCAGUUCCUAUUCUUCUCCAUACUCUUCUCUUCCCAUCACUCUGGUACAAGUUAAUCUUGGUCUCAUCUGUCCAUAAGAUGUUGUACCAGAACUGUGAAGGCUUUUUUAGAUGUUGUUUGGCAAACUCUAAUCUGGCCUUCCUGUUUUUGAGGCUCACCAAUGGUUUGCAUCUUGUGGUGAACCCUCUGUAUUCACUCUGGUGAAGUCUUCUCUUGAUUGUUGACUUUGACACACAUACACCUACCUCCUGGAGAGUGUUCUUGAUCUGGCCAACUGUUGUGAUGGGUGUUUUCUUCACCAGGGAAAUAAUUAUUCGGUCAUCCACCACAGUUGUUUUCUGUGGUCUUCCGGGUCUUUUGGUAUUGUUGAGCUCACCGGUGCAUUCUUUCUUUUUAAGGAUUGUGACGAGAGCAAUCUUGCCACAUUGCAUUGGAGGAGCCUGGUUGCCCGCCUGCUGCCUUUAAACUAUGGCCCCAUGUUGAAACGCUUGAUUUUCCCCUGCGAAGACCUGAAAGCCGGGUCAUUCGGUGCUUGCCCUGUUUGAGCAGUGAUACCCCAGAUAGCUAUGCCAUGGAGCCCAUUCGUAUAAUAAAAGACUAUGGGAAAUGUUGGGGAUAAAAUCAGCUCGGGCCCUUUGUGGAUGAUGGAUAUUUGCCAACUCAUACAGAGCUCUGGAAAUUGGAAAUGAAUAGCAGAGACGUGUUCAAUAACCAAUUCAAAUUGUAUUCAUACGUCAGUGUUAUAUAUACCCCAUUUUCAUAGCAGGAUGGGAGGGGGGAAAAUGAGCAUAUGGGCGUGACAAUGACAUUGUUUUUCACAAGUUAUAAACAGCUGUUUUUAGUUAUAAUUCGAUGUUACAUAAUGUAUGCAUAUUGGAUAAAACCCAGAUGAUUACAAAUACCAAAAUCUUGGACAAUUAACAAGGUCAUUCCAGAAUCCUUAUAAUGUCAUGUCAUGUAGAUAUCCAAAAUCAUGUUCCAAUAACAGUUCCCGUAAAUAGAUAAGUUUUAUUUCCGAGAAUUGGAGAUACAAUUCCAAAUCUAUUCUUGGUUCAAAUUAACCCUUAUAUGAACAGCUAGGCUAUUGAGCAAAAUGGAUGUUCGCAUCUACAAUUCCCCUCUUAGAUCAGAUCAUGAUCUACCUUACGGAAUAUCCAUGGGAGGCCUGCGGCAGAGAAACCAAAGGAGGUGUAUUCAGACGUGCUAAUCACGUCUGCGGGACUUUCUUUAUUUGUUCACCUCGAUUUCCCCCAUUUGCUCUAUGCCGUAGGUUUUCCCAUUAAGAGGAGAUCGAGCUGUCGAUUUUCAGCUUUUGUAAUCAUCUGUUGUACACGUUUCUUAAGUGUACAAGUUAAAAAUUUCAAACAGCUGACAUCUUAACCAAUUUUAAACAUACUGCACAUUAUGUUAUCUGUAACUUGAGCCUUGGAUCAAAACAGGCAAAGUGUAUUAUUCCCAACAACGGGAAUAUUAUUAUUAUAAUUCACAACGUAAACACAUAUAAUCAAAAAUGGGAAUAAAAUCUAUUUCCCCUCUUUGCACCAGGGUCUUGGAUUACCAGUCCACCCAGUGAACUUGGGCCAGGUCAAAAAACCCAGUGGCAAAAACUCAUAAUUGAGGAAAAAAGCACAUCUGGGGAAACUCUAAGUGAGGGCCAUGACUGUGUAGACAUGUCAUCCCCUCACGUUAACAGCAUUAGUGACGUAUAAAACCUGCACUUGUAAGUAAAUAGCUCGGGUAUCGGGAUUGGGAAACACUUCUUGAUUAGUUUGAAAAGGCCCACUUACAUAUUAAAUCAUGAGAUCAUUUCUAAUCAGUUUGCAAUUCUAGCAAUAAUCCCAAUCAUGACCUUGCGUCCUAUGCCUCCUAAUCAAAUCCCUAUUUCGAUGGUCCAGUCAUAUCCACACUUAAUACAUUGGAAUCCAUCCUUGGUACACUCAACAUACAUCAAUGACACACAUAGUACAUCCAUGCCUGAGUAAGCUAACACUUCCUCUCUCUCCGGCUAACUCUACAAAAAUAAAAAUAACAAAAUAGUUCAAUAGUCCAGCAUAGUCCAGAAAAAUAUUAUAAGUCUUUCAAGGAGUAUAAAGAAUCUUAGACACCAUAACAUAGCUAAGUGUAGCAAUAUGACUGACAACAAGACAAUGUCAGCUUCCACAUAGUUCUUAAUUCUUCUGUUUGCUGGAUGUUCACCACAAUACUCUGUGCAACACCCCAAUUGUUGAAAGGGUAAUACAGAAAUAGCGGCAUUAGACAGCACUGCAUCUUCAGGACUUUCCAAGUUAGUCUAUGUCAUCAUAAGUAAGCAUCUCAGUUUCUUCGGCCAGCAUGGAUUUUGACCAAACAGAUUUAAUUGCAAAAAAAGGUAGGUCAGCCAGAGAGAUUGGUGUGUAGUCCCAAAUAUCAGGCGACACAAAUACUCCAGUACGGUCUCUAUAAUCAUACAAACACAAGGAUCAGUACGACAUCAAUAAAUUAAUUAUCUAGGCUAAACUCAAAUUAGAGACUAAAGUUAAACUCUUAACUAGUGUAACAUGUACGUCUCUCAGUUUUGUUUAUGUCCUUUAUGUUUUUGUAUUUGUCCUUUAUAAAAUUUUAAUACAUAAUUUCCCUUUAGAAUGCCUUUGUAUGGAUGAGAGAAGCACUCAUUCUAUAUAAAUGCUUGUUGAGUACUAAAACAAUAACAUAUACAUAUUGGUAUAAUUCCCAAUAAAAUGCUGUUCUUAAACUUAAACCUUGAUUUGAUAAUCCCAAUGAAUUACUUUAAUAACAUUGAAAUGCUGAAGUCUGUCAGUUUUGUGGACCCUGAUAACAUCUUUGGAAACCGAAACCUUUUAUAGAUCCUGAUGUCCAAAAAGCCACCAGUUCUGUAGGUGUGUGAUCAUGUUUUAAUACAUGUUAGAACCUCCAUACAGUUAUCCCACUUAAACAAUAUAUUUUUUCAGAACAACUAGAGACACAAAAUGAAUUACUAUUGUUCUAAAGUGCUUUGUUUAAUACAGGUUUCAGAAGAGUUGUCCUGCUGUGUUGCAAGUGGCCUCUGAUAAGGAAGGGACAGCAAACUGUAGACAUAUGUUAUAUUAAGUUGCCCUCACUUGUCAGGUCUUGUAAACCCACUUAUUUUAUUGCAGAUGCCUCUAGGAUACCACGUUACAAAUUGACUAAGCAUACUUAUUAUCCUAUUUUAUUUUAUUUAUUUCACAGUGUGCAGCGAUGCAAACAAUGUCUAGGUCCCAACUUCAGUUUGUACAUCCUCUAAGAGCCAGCAUUAAUACUGUUUUAUCUAUCAAAACUAUAUAUAAAGUAUUAAAAAUAUGAACCAUUUGUGUAUUAGGCUGAGGUUGUUGGGUGUGGGUAUAGCUUGAAAGUUGUGGUUGGUAUUGAGGAACCUGCCAGGGUGGGAGUCCUUGAAUGCCAGCUGGGCCAGGAGAACUGGGUUCACCACAAGCACCUUGGGGUGAAUCCCUGCUACCCACAAUUAAAACAGUGCUGAAGUUACCACCUCUACAAGUUAGAUCCUUUGAAUCAGAAAAGUUUUAGAGGCAGAGGUAGAGAAUUUGAUCAAUCUCCUAUCACCUCCAAAAUGUCCUUGUCUCGCCUGCUUAAGAUCACAAUCCUAUUGUGACCGAUACAACAUACUUUUCCCUCUUUCUUUAUAUCAAAACAACCUGCUGUAUCUUUCUCAUGUAUCUUCCCAAAAAAUUCAAUUGGGGUCCAAGAGGGCCAGUCACAGACCAACAGUUUGACCAAAAGUGAACAAGGAGGAAGCAUAUUCCAUAUGAAGGUCGAGAUGACCUAACUCACACCCCCUCUUUGUGUACACCUCUUUGUGUACCACACAAAUAUUAAUAAGCUUUAUUGUGCAUGUUUAGCACGGUUGUCUAGGGGUGUAUACAUAAACAGUGAUAGCAGAGUCUUCAUAUAGGGUUUGCAAUACUGACAGUCUGGGUCAUAGGUGUAAUACAGACAUGCGGUUAGGAACUUUUCCAUUGUCAGAAUACAUUGAAAACACUAAUAUAUUGCAAAUAUUAAAAUCAUAUUGCAGAUGUUUCCUAUACCUGCAAGGAUAUGGUUGUAAUACUUCAAUUGAGUUCAAAUGGAGUAUCAAAAAUUCUAACCACAAAAACAAAAUUUUUUAUGCUUAUCAAAAUGAGUUUAACCCCUUAGCAAUUUAAUAGGGUGACCUCUUCCCAUAGUAUGGUUCCUUUUAUAAUUAUUAUAUUAUUUAUUCUCUUCUGGGUCAGCAAAAUGCUUUCAAUAUACCAAUACAAAUACAAUACAGUAGUUUAGAAUUGCCUCAAAAGAAAUUAUCUGAUCUCUAUUAAAAAUACCAUUUCAUAAUUUUCCUAUAAUCAAUGAGGCAUACUAGAUGAAUCUUAAUUUUGGAAAAAACCUAUCCUAUACAUCCUUAAUUUUUUCUUGUUAUAUAACCAUAUAAGAUAACAAUUGUUUAUGUUAAAGAUAACAAAUUUUUCUUUUUCUUAAAUAAUGCAAUGCACUUUAAAAGUAGAGUUAACUCUAAAUACUCCCCUAAUAAUACUGAAACGUGGAUCCACGAUUUUGUAAAGCAAAUGAUAUAUUUUUUCUUUUUCUUUCCCAGGGGCCCCUUUCUUGUUGGCUGAUCAGCGUUUUUUUAAUCUGUUGUAAAAAGACACUAAAGGCUUGCGUUAAUGACAUGCAAAUAUUCUUUAAAUAUUCUUCAUACUCAUUGUAAUAUCACACGUCAUCUUAUAGCACAGAAAACAUGUAGCAGAUAUCCAGCAGACAUGCCAAUACAAAAAGCAUAUUCAUGAACAGGCAAUUAACUCAAUCCAAAAUAAAUUAAUAAAUGUCACACUAUGUGACAGACAUAAUUUGGUUCCCAUGUUUGUACAUUAUGCAUGUCUGCAAACUAUGCAAGCAGUACUACUUUAAGAUUAGAUCAGAGCACCUGGCAACUGGACAGGAAAGUCAAAUUUUGUCAGGAAGUCCAUUAUUGCAACAGAAUUUUGGAAAUCAGCUAAAAUUUACAAAAACAGCCUCCCUCCUUUUUUUCUUAAGACUACAACUCAUAUUGCUCUUGGACUAGUAUUCAAUAAUAAAUCAGUUAUUUAAUAGAUUAUUACGCUGACAUUUUCAUCUGUAUCAAUACUUAGACAAACUUAUUCAAAUAUAAUUUAAAAUAACACAGCAAAAUAGCCAUUAACAUACAUGACAAUUAAAACUGCACACUUUAAAAUGAGUAACCAAAACAAACAUUUAUGACAAUCAUCAUUCACACAGAAUAAACUUCUAACAGCUGUAUUCAGAACAUAUUAUUGUAAGGUAUACCAAUUCUAGUUUGUAUCAGAUUUAUUUAAGACUUCUGGUACCAAAGGGUUUAUUUUUUCUUUUUAAAGAAGGGAUCCCGUACGGCCAUAUAACGCGUUUGACUUAAACAUUUGUAUAACACUUGCAUUAACCAGUUUCGACAUAUGUACCCUGUCAAUAGAAUUUCUCUCUUAUACGCUUACAGAACAUUUGGACCAGAUUACACAGACAUGGUAUCACCUGCAUUUGUCAGAACUCUCAAAGACUGAAAUAUUUAUGCUACUCCAUGUUAAAGGCAUGGCAAAAUUUUGACCGGUCAGUUUGAGUUUCCAAAAGUCAUAUCAACACAGGUUAAAACCUUUGUCCAUCUGGAAAGCCAUACACAAAAUUAUAGGGCAACUCUCAGAUGACCCACCCCCAUUCGGCCCAGCAGAAAUGCUUCUACACCUCACUAAGGUCCCUAGGACCAUAUAUAAGAAAUCACUGACGAUCCGCAUACUAAAUGUAGCUAAAACUACCAUACCACAAUACUGGAAACAGCAGACCGCCCCGCCACUGAAAACUUGGUUCACCCAAAUGGAGGAGUUGAGGUCCUUAGAAGAACUCCACGCCACAGCAAACAACACACACCAAACAUAUCUCAAUAUAUGGACGCACUGGCUACUGAAGUCGACACAACCAGGCUUCCUGGGCGAGACCCAGGCCCAACAAUAGAGACUGGACUAACGCUACACCAAGCGGCGGACCCCAGACACCGACAGAACCUAGACCUCUAUCCCGAUACCCCCCCACCACGACAUACUCAUCCAGACCACCUUAACACACGAAUAAAAGGUACCCUUGAUUUGGCAGGGAUCGCCUAGUACUGCAUGGAUUAGGGCGACUUGGAGACCACACAUAGUGGACACCCACCAUGUAGGCAGACGGUUCAUGACCAUAGUAAAGCAGGGGAGAGGACGGACAAUUAUCAUGGAACGCAUGGGGACGGGGAGGCAUCACAUCUAAGUUUAGGUCUUCAACUAGCAGUUCAAGCUGGGAGACUGAUGAACUGAGUAUAUCAUGAGUUGUCUGUCCCUCAACUGCUUGUUCCAAACAGUGUAUGAUAUACCAUCGCAAGAGGGACCUGCGAGUCCACAUUGUCUAUGGGGCCUGCGAGCCCGCACUGCUACCCAACCUUACAAUGUCGCUGAUUUACUCUAUGCCCUCACUAAACAUGGACCUGCGAGUCCAAGUGAAGUAGGACUGUCUUGAUUUGAAAAUAAAAAUAAAAAUCAUAUUUACAAAAAAAAAAAAAAAAACCUUUGUCCAUGGUUUUCUGAUCCUACAUUCCAUGACCAAAAUUUCAAACCCACUUCUUCACAGUUUGGGUCACAAUCAAUAAAAUCUCAGCAACCCCAUACAACAAUUUACAGAAUACAUACAAUUUGAAGCACAACAUGUGACGCACUGGAAUACUACAAGUUAGCUUACAGCACAAAAUGAAGCAUGUGUUGGAACGCUGAAAAUAUAAAUUUUGCUCUCUUCUAAAUUUACAACAUAAAUUCUCUGCAACAAACACACAGGGCAGAAAGAAUGUGGUGUUUGACGUUUUGAAUGAAGUGACUUUUUGUCCCAAUAUGAAAAUAAAGGGCUCAUCAUAUAAACAAUCAUACAUCCCACUCUCAUGAAAAAGUGUAGUGGGCUUAUAGUACUUUUGUCCAAGUAUAAAAAUAAAGGGCUCAUUAUGCAAACAAACAUACAUGUAGAGAAAUCAUGUUAGUUCUAGAAUUUGUAGCCCCCCUUAAAUAACCUCUAAUUUUUUUCUUUAUUCAUCAUCACCUUUACAUGUACUUUUGACAUUCCCUCAAUUAAGACUUUAUGCUUAAAAUCAGCGUUGCACAUCAUAAAAUAGCACAUAAAUUAGCAAGCCGGAGUAAUGCCAAACAUCCAUCAUACCUUUUAACCCUUUUUUUUUUUUUAAACCAAUUUAGUCUGCAAAAAUGACAUCUACGUUAAAUAAAUACCCAGUCCACCAAAGACUGGAAAUCUGUUUUACAACCUACCAAAGGCAACCUCUACCAAAGAGGGAUCUAGGGACGUCUCCCAUAUGUAAAUGUACAUCACAGGACAUCACAGCCUACCAAAGGCUUGAAAUUCUUCUUAACACCUGGCCAAAGGUGAACCUCUUACCAAAGAGGAAAUGUGCACAUAACCACUACUGCCUACCAAAGGCAAUCCUCCAACCCGUGGAGUAAUAGAAGUCUACCAAAGACUUAACAAAAUACCAUGUCUACCAAAGACAUUAUCCUGUGUAAAUCCCCUUUAAAAAUGUAAAUAGUGAAAAACCCCAUUACAAAUGCAAUGUGUGGGGGAUGGGAGAAGCAGGUAAAGAAGGACUUUAAAGAUCCUCUUACCUGUCAUCUCCAUUCCGUCAAAUUGCACCCAAAAACUUCUGACACCAGUUUGUUGGGGAUAAAAUCAGCUCGGGCCCUUUGUGGAUGAUGGAUAUUUGCCAACUCAUACAGAGCUCUGGAAAUUGGAAAUGAAUAGCAGAGACGUGUUCAAUAACCAAUUCAAAUUGUAUUCAUACGUCAGUUAUAUAUAUAUAUACCCCAUUUUCAUAGCUGGAGGGGGAAAAAUGAGCAUAUGGGCGUGACAAUGACAUUGUUUUUCACAAGUUAUAAACAGCUGUUUUUAGUUAUAAUUCGAUGUUACAUAAUGUAUGCAUAUUGGAUAAAACCCAGAUGAUUACAAAUACCAAAAUCUUGGACAAUUAACAAGGUCAUUCCAGAAUCCUUAUAAUGUCAUGUCAUGUAGAUAUCCAAAAUCAUGUUCCAAUAACAUUUCCCGUAAAUAGAUAAGUUUUAUUUCCGAGAAUUGGAGAUACAAUUCCAAAUCUAUUCUUGGUUCAAAUUAACCCUUAUAUGAACAGCUAGGCUAUUGAGCAAAAUGGAUGUUCGCAUCUACAGGAAAGACUUUGGCUCCAUGGCAAUUGAACCGUAUGUGUGUGCUCUGAGCGCCAUUCAGUAAUAAUGUGCGCUCAGAUCUGAGUUAUCUGGGGAUAUGUUGAAUGUACCUGUUUUGUGCAAUGGCUGCACAGUUAUAUAUUUUGAUGUGUUUUAUUGUCUUUUGCUGCCAUGUGUUCAAUGGAGUUUUGCCUCUGUCCUUGGAGAUAAUUGCAUUACUUCCCAAUUAUCUCCAGGAUAGAAGACUCUGUGGAACUGGUUUUGGGCAGAAAAGCCAUGCUUUAUUUGGUCACAAAGGACUUCGAUCUAUCUUUCUUUUGAACCAGUGGACCAAUUUGGAUGAUUUUGACAUAUGUUUGUGCUUGGAGUAUGCUGAUUCUGAAAAUGUAAAAUGUGAAUGUGAUGCAUACUUUUCAAGUUAUGAAUAAUGUGGAAAAACUGUAUUUCUCUGGCUGUGAUGAUUACAUUACCCAUUGUGUAAGGUAAUUGUAUCACAGGCAGAGGGGAAGAUUUAGUGUGGGAGUGUGAGUGUAUUGUACAUGUUUAUAGGUUGUUUUCCAAAACCCUACGGGUGGUACUAAUGUGUAAGAUUAGCUGGUCCAGAGCACACAUGGCUAGCUGUCACCAGACAGGCAAUGGUGGUAACCCCUCCUCUCUCCCGUGCCACCCAUGUACUCCCCUCAGCCCUCCUUCCCUGACAUUUACUCCCCCCUUCCCUGGCAUCCCCACCUACACCGUUGGAAAGAGGGAGUGAUGUCAACUGAGAAGGAUUGAGUUGCAGGAACUUGACUUCCACAGCAGUGCUGCAUUUUAGUCAUUUAUUUAUUUAUUUUUGUCCUUUUAAUCUGCUUUCUCGUUUUUGGGGCGAGAAGGAGGGGGGGGGGGGGGGGUAAAAAUAGGAAGGAUCACUCUGAUCAAAACCAGUGUUUUCCUGGAGUAAUCCUUUAACAGAUUGUUCAUCUGAAAGGGUAUCUUACCCACUUUGGAUUCAAGAAGGAUUUUUAAAUAAAAUGUCAACAGGAAAUUACGUUUUUAAAUUUGUUUUAUUUAAAAAAAAAAAAAAAAAAAAUUUUUAUUUAUAUAUAUAUAUUUAUUUAUUUAACUGGAAGAACAGCAAAAAUGGAGAAGUGAUCUUGAUGUAUUUUCUAAUCUAUAUUGCUGUGUAAUGUUAAAUGCAUAAUUGAAGCUUUUUUUUUCAUUAUGUAAGAAUAUCUUUACAUUAACUCUACAUUAGUUGCUGCCCAGUCAGUCCAAAUGGCAUUGGCCAGGGUUGUCCCUAGAAAUAUUUGGGUCUAGUAAGAAUACAAAAUUCUGGACUCCCGUCUACUUGUGAUCCACCAUUCGAUUUCUACUUUUUGUAGGGUCACAGUGCUGCAAAGAAAUAGAUACCCCUCUAGCUAUAAUUCGUCCUGUGUCCUCCAGAGGGCAGCCUUACAUCCUCACUUGGUACUUCGUAAUGGGAGCAGAUGUGGUGGAGCUGCAAUGCAAAAGAAUAUUGUGCAGAACUGUACAAUAGGCAGUCAAAAAAGCACAAGUAAUGCAAGCAUAUAGCCAUCUUCGAAGUACAAGUGAAAUGCAAUCCGAGGGCAGUAUUGAUCCAUUAUGUUAUUUCUGAUUGGCUAAUAUUCAUAAUCUAAACAUUGAUUUUUAUUUUGCUUGCAUUUCUGAUUGUAAUAUGUUUGUGUUUUUUAUUUUAGCUGAAGUGCUGUGGCCUAUAUAAUUACACUGACUGGAAAGCUACAGAUUGGUACAAACAGUCUGGGAAUUACAGUGUACCUGAGACAUGCUGUGAUUUAGGAUUUCCCUCCUGCACUGGAAACAUCACAGAAUCUUAUAAACUAUAUCAUGAGGUAACUAAAUGACAACUGGUUUCGGUAGACCAUGGAAAACCUGGCUAAUGUACUGGGCCAGUACCUUUGAUAUGUACACUUAUUUUCUAUAAGAGCUAGGGGUGCUGCUCAAAUCCAAAUACCUGGGUCAGAGCCCAAAGCAAACCGUAUGACUCCUCCGCCCCAAAACAUUAAUGCACACAAACUCCACCUUUUUUUCCCUCAUGGCCACCUACCACCUUGAUUUAUUUAAUAGACUCUUGACCAUCAAAAAUAUAUAAAACUAGUCUCAUACUCUCACACCUUUAAAGGUAUCCACUCACGCACAAUUAGACAUUAACGUGCAGAUAAAAGUAUACAAGCACAUACAUUGAUGUAUUUGUUUUAUGCUACCCUAGGCUCAGCUAAAUUGAUGGACCCCACCUGCUGAAAUACAGGAAAAAUCACACUCCCACAAAGACGACCAGUCACCCUAACAUAUCCAUAUUUAGCUCCUCGGUCAACUGUUCAGUAUAUACAUAUACAAAGUUCUCCCCAACAUUCCCAUAGGGGUCAUACGUGGUCCACCACAAGACCGAUGAGUUCUAGCCCUCGUUGGAAACUAAAAGGUACAUAGAUAAUGUGAUUAAAAUCUUCUAAAACUAACCUUUAGUAGUGUAAUACAUAUACAUAAGGAUAAUAAUUGACCAAUUUCUAACAAGUAAGUAUUGACAGUAGGGAUACUGAUGAUCCCGGCACUAUAGGUUUGGUGCCAUAUUACUACAUAUAACAACAGCAAGUUUAUUUUUGUUGUAGACUUUUUCAAUAUAUUGAUUUUUUUUUUAAUUUUUUUUUUUAAUUUUCUUUUAAGAACAGGACACACUUUCCAAUUAGGGAACAUUGGCUGUCAAAUACGUAGGGAUGAGUUAGUGUUCUAACCCAGACGAAUAGACCACGGUGUUCAAUUUUCCUUAUUUGGAAUUUUUUUUUCUUCCCUUAUCUUCUUUCCCAUCCCCCAGUUUCUGUAUUUAACAUAACUUAAUAUUGCACAUAUUGUCUUAUUUUGAUUUGCAUUCAGUAACUAAGGCUUCUGAGUAGGAGAGUGACCUCUACUGGUGGAUAGGUAUCACUACUUGGUUCUAUUGCUUUAAUCCCUAUAGUUUGAAUAGUACUAGCAUCACUUAGUAGCAAUAAGGAUGACCCCUAGUGGUUAAGAGAAGAACUUUGUUUUCCUUGGAUGACUCAGAGUGGUUUAUAUGAAAACUACAUUGACUUUAUUAGGAUGACCCCUAGUGAUUGAGACAAGAAUGACACAGAAUAUUGGAUUUUACUAGGCAGACUCCUAGUGUUUGAGAUCAGAACUAUGCAGAUUAUUGGGGGAGAGGUUUAGUUCCACUUUUUCUUGUUUUUAACCCCUUAAGGACGGAGCCAAAUGUACAUGUUGUGAACAAAACAAAAUGUAAACAAAACCUGGCAUUUGCGCUACAUGUCUGUCCAACCGUAAUUCACCUCUUUCAUAGUAAAUGCACACACCCUUAUUAUAUAUCAUUUUAUUCAGGGGAAACAGGGCUUUCAUUGAAUAUCAAAUAUUUAGCUAUGUAACAUAAUUUAAUAUGAAAACAAUGGGAGAAAAUAAGAUGUAUUUUUUUUUUCAUAAUACUAUUUGAUUUUACUGCAAUAAAAUACACAUAUUUGUAUUCAGCAAAGUCUCACGUGUAAGACAGUACCCCCUAUGUACAGGUUUUAUGGUGUCUUGGAAAGUUAUAGGGUUAAAUAUAGUGCUAGCAAAUUAUUAAAUUCCCUUUACUUUCGGCAUGGGUUGUCAGGCAGGUCCCGCUAAUUGUAAUUAAUUAAGAUACCUAAUUAUGUAAAAAUAUUACAUAAAUAUAUAUGUAGAAUUAAAUAUGUGUGUAUAUGUGUGUGUGUGUGUGUGUGUGUGUGUGUGUGUGUGUAUAUAUAUAUAUAUAUAUAUAUAUAUAUAUGUGUGUGUGUGUGUAUAUGUAUAUAUAUAUAUAAUUUUUUAAAAAUAUUUUAUAUAUAUUUAUGUAAAUAGAUAUAUAUUUCGUUUUACGUGUAUUUUGAUAUAUAUUUUUUUUAAUUUCACAAUACAGUUACGAAAUAACACACAUCUAUAUAUUUUUUAAUUUAUUUUUAAUUUUAUUUUUUUAAUGUAUUUAAAAAAUUUUUAUAUAGCACUUUUUUUAUAUAGCACUUUUUUAAUGUAUCAGUCUACGUGUAAUUUGAUAUUAAAAUAUAUAUGUGUGUGUGUGUGUGUGUGUGUGUGUAUAUAUAUAUAUAUAUAUAUUAAUAGUAAAAUACACCUAGACUGUGUGUGUAUAUGAUCUAAGUAUAUAUUAUUUAUUUUUUUUACACUUAUUUAACUUUAAUUUAUUUUAUUUUCAGCCAGCAGGGGGACCACCUGUCAUUACCCCCCCCUGCUGGCAAUACAGAAGCCAGCUAUCCCGGCCAUGUGAUUGUGAGGUCCUCGCAAGGACCUCACUCUCACAUGGCCGGGGGGCUUCCAGGGUGUCGGACGUGUUGCAUAAGUAUAGAAAGACCGGAGGACGUACUAUUACGCCCAGCGUCGUUUAGAGCCUCUUAGAAUAGGGUGUAAUAGUACGCCCUCCUGUCUUAAAGGGUUAAUAUCUGCUUUGUUGUUCUCCCCUGUACAAGAUCACUGGAAAAUGGCUGUAGAAAUACUAUUGAUUUGUUUUCCUCUAGAGUGACUUAAUGAAUCCAUGCGACACUACAGUCACCAGAACAACUACAGUGUAUUGUAUUUGUUCUGGUGAAUAUAGUCAGUGCCCUCAGGCUUUUUGCAGUAAACAAUGUUGUGUUUUUUUUUUUUUUCAGAGAAAAGGCAGUAUUUACAUUACAGCCUAGAGAUACAUCCACUGGCCACUCCUCAGAAUGCUGCUAGAGGUGCUUCCUAGGGCAGUGCUGCACAAUUUGCAGGACUGACAAUCCGUAUCUCUAUGCAAAGUGUUUGCAUGUAGGGAUGUAUUGGUGUGUAGUGUUGGCAUUUGAAUGCUGAGAUGUGUGCACAUAUAUACAUACACUGCCACACUGUUGUUCUGACAACACAUACAUAUGUUGACAGACCUUCAGAUACAAAUAUUGACACACAUAACGAUAUACACACACUGAAUGUUCCCUGUAGAAAUACAUUUAUUUAAUGCAUCUCUGUGAGGAGAUGACCAGGGCUGUGUUUGGCUUCACUUUUGAUGUCAGCCAAGCAGGCAGAUCAGGGGCAGAGCCAGCAGCAGCUGACUGCAAUAAAGGUAACGUUUUACUAUAUUUAAGGGGGAAAGGAGGGGCAGGGUGACUAGAUGGUGGUUUUAAUGUUUUUAGCACUAAAGUGCCAGGAAUACAUGUUUGUGUUCCUGAUCCUAAAGUGUUUCUUUAAGGGCAAAGUAGCUGAACUGGAAGUAUAGUUGACUUACAGGGUAAUUAACAAAACACCAGCUUUUCUUUUGGAUGAAGAAUAUCCAGUGAAAACUGACAAAUUCCAACUGUAAUGGCAAUGUUUGUAUUUACUAAAGCCACACCUGGUUUGAAAUUCGGUCGGUACGACCAAAUCUGUAUCAAUUGGCUGGAUGCAUUUGGCAUCCGGAUUGAAAUCCGUGCUUUUGCAUCUGAUCUCUAGACAAAGUAUAGGGUUGGAAUAUUUAUAAAACUCCAUUUAAAAAUAAAUCUUCCUAUGCCCCCACAUGCCAUACCGCUGGUGGUGGCAUAUCUAGUAAUCAUUAAAAGGACAAACCGUUUUCCUGGCACUGCAGGUCCCCUCUCUCUCCCACCCCUCAUCCCAAGUUGCUGAAGGGGUUAAAACCCCUUCAGUGACUUACCUGUAUCCAGCGCCGAUGUACCUCGGCACUGGUUCAGGGUCUGCCCACACUCCUCCCCCACCAUCAUCCGGCUGGGGAGACCUAAUGCGCAUGCGCGGCCGGCGGCGGGGGAGACCUAAUGUGCGGCUAUGCCGCGCAUGCGCGUUAGACCUCCCCAUAGGAAAGCAUUGACAAAUGCUUUCCUAUGGGGAUUUCAGUGACGCUGGAGGUCCUCACAUAGCGUGAGGACAUCCAGCGACGCUAUAGCUAUAAUACCGGAAGUGCCCGCUAGUGGCUUUCUAGUAGACAGCCACUAGAGGAGCAGUUAACCCUGCAAGGUAAUUAUUGCAGUUUAGGAAAACUGCAAUAUUUACAGUUGCAGGGUUAAGGGUAGUGGGAGUUGGCACCCAGACCACUCCAAUGGGCAGAAGUGGUCUGGGUGCCUGGAGUGUCCCUUUAAGAACCAGUUGUUUGCUAAAUAUAUAUAAUUUAUUUUUUACAUGUAUUUGUUGUAUUGCUACCCCAUUUCCGUGUGGCAAGUAGGUAGGGUUAAUUUAUUUUAAUAGCGGGUGGCUAGAGACCUUCUCAACACUAAAGGGAGCGUGAUGACAAUAGCACAAAUUUGGGAGGUGGACAAUGGCUAAACGUUUAUUAGAGCGUCCCUGGUCUCCAUGUUUAAUAGAUAUGCCCCAAUUUGCUGUAUUGCAAGUGGGGGAAUAAGGGAGGUCUAAAACCCUCACUUGUAGCAACUAUGGCCUUAAAUUUGAAAUUCACUUUGAAUGCUUACUUUAGUACAGAACCCUAUUUGUGACCUUUAUUAUUUAUUUUUUAUUUAUUUUCUUUGGGCAGAAGGUAUUAUGAGAGUAGAGUUAGUUGCUAAUCAUAGAUUGCAAUUUCAAACUGGGUUUAGCACUGCAGUCCAGAAGCAGUACAUCUGAAGCACAACCGAGUACUGCGAAACUGAGGCAGUGCAGAGAUUGGCAAAGUAAAAAAGAAAAUCUAGAUUUUAUCAUAAUUAGUCUGUCUCCAAAGAAAGCUUUGCACUUAUUUAACUCCUAGGGACUUUAUUACAUCAUAAGGAAUUAAUGUACUCUCUGUCUCGGACGAUUGCUCCAGUUCUAUCAUAAGGUACCAAAAGUAUAUGUGAGGAUAAUUGUUAAAUAUGUGGUGAAAAUGGAAGGUUUCGGCGCACAUUUGAAAAAAAACAGUUUUAAAAACUUGAAAAACCUCUAGCUUUCCCUACAUCGGGGUUCCUAUGGAAUCCUUUGACAUAGUGUAUCAACAUCGUGGAGCCCCCCUCUCCCUCCCCGCCCCCCAUAAAAAAGAAAUAACUUGAGCCGUUGCAUAAACCUUUUCUGUGUGUGUGUAUCUGACACACACACACACAUACACACAGGCACAUAGUGGCACACACACACAGUGUGUAUCUGUGUUUGUGUGUAUGAAUCUGACACAGGCACACAGUGGCACACCGACACACAGAUACGCAUGCAGGCACACACACACUGAAAGAUACACACACUGGUGCAUACACUCAGAUACACACUGACAACUGCAAACACAGUUACACAAACACUGACACAUAGAUACGAACACUCAGAUACACACAGUGACACAUUAAUACACAUAGUAACACAAAGAUUUCACACAGAUAUAUACAUACGCAUGCCAUUUUUUUAUAUUUGCAGUGACCCUUCUGUUAGCAUACCUGUUGUCUGCAGGAGGGUGACUUUCUGGCUGAGGCUGGUGUGUGUGUGUGUGUGUGUGGAGCUGGAAACUGCCGGCUGCUGCCACUGUCCCUCCAGCGCAGCGUUAUCUAUAUUAAGCUGGGAGGAAAUGACCGUUCGUCACUUCCUCCCAGCAUCCCAUACUACGGGGACCCAGACUCAUAAUUAAUCUGCUGUGGCGCUGACUGGGUGCCUUUGCAGUAAUGCCCAUCGGGUGGCCCUUAGGGUUCUGCGGUGCACCAAUUGGAAAACGCUGCCCUACUUCAUUCAUUUCCUUGAAACGGUAGUGGUUAAUUUACAAACUUACUUAGUACUUGCUAUAUAAAUUAUGAACCUAUUAAUUUAAAAAAGAAAUGAAAACCCACAUUGGAUCUAAUUGCAGAUCAAGUAAAUACAUUUAUUAUAAAAUAUAUAUAUAUAAUAUAAAUUUUUUUUUUUUUUCUUUGAACCCCUCAUUUGAAAUAUUAUGCAAAAAUGACAAUGCUUUGCUUCUAGCUUCUGAUGUAUUGCUGUGUAAAAAAGCCUUCCAUGCUUGCUGUUUUGCUUUGCGUUACUGGAUCACAAUUUGUUCCAUGUCUAAUUCAGCUGCUUUUUAUAAAAUAGGAAUUGAAAACAACUUUGAAGUAAUUUUAUUAAAGGACCACUAUAGACACCCAGACCACUUCAGCUUAAUGAAGUGGUCUGGGUGCAGGUCCACUUAGGGUUAACCCUGCCUGCUGUAAACAUAGCAGUUACAGAGAAACUGCUGUUUACACUAGGGUUAAUCCAGCCUCUAGUGCUUGUCUCAUUGACAGCCGCUAGAUGCGCAUCCGCACUUCUCACUGUGAUCUUCACAGUGAGAAGACGCCAGCGUCCAUAGGAAAACAUUGAGAAUGCUUUCCUAUGGACUGGCUGACUGCGCGCGUGGCUCUUGCCGCGCAUUCAGCCGAUGACAUCCGAAGGAGAGUCCCCAGCACCGAGGGAGCCCGGCGCUAGAGAAAGGUAAGAUUUUAACCCCUUCAGCCCAGCGGGAGGGGGGCCAUGAGUGUGGGGGGGACCUAUUAAUAUUGUAGUGCCAGGAAAACAAAAGUGUUUUCCUGGCACUAUAGUGGUCCUUUAAUAAGCAAAUGCGCUGUUGUACUUCUUGCAUUUUAUGAGAUUUAAACAAGUUUUUUUAAUUUUUUUUUUCUCUCAACAGGGAUGCUCUUUAAAGCUACACAAGAGGCUAAACUUCUAUUUGACCUGGCUCUUUUGGGCCUGUAUUGCAUUAAUUGGUGUGGAGGUAAUAUUUUUUAUUAUGCGUUAAGACUAAUGGGCGAACUAUGUGUAUGUAUGUAUGUAAGUAUUUGUGUUUGUGUAUACAUACCCUUUUGGAUACCCAUAUUUUGAUAAUAUGGACAUUUAUUAUAAUGUAUGGAUUUUCUAGCUACAAUAUUAUGUAUGUAUUUUGCCAUAUUAGCACCACAUUUUCCUGCUCUUUGAUUCAUAGAAAAAGUGAGAAAAAUUAAACCAUAGAAGGGAUAAAGAGGUGAAGCAGUAAAAAAUGAAAUAGUCAUGUGAAAGAGUUCUAUGGUUUUACAUAACUGGACAUAAUAAUCAUUUAUUCCUUACCAGCUCUUAAAAAGGAGGGGUGUGGGGUUCCAAGCAAAUGCUUACUGCGGGUCUUUUUUUUUUCUUUUUUUUUUUUUUUCACUUUUCAUCUUUGUUCUCUCACUUCCCUUUUUGUCAUCCCCAAUUUUCUUGUUUUAAGAUAAAUGAAGUUCAACAUCAAGCAAUUUGGUUAAUUGUCACUAGAUGGCCUCAGUGACUGGGACACCUAAUAUUGUUUGUUUGUUUUUAAGGAAUAUUUAUUAAAAAUGGAGAUGGCCUAGCCACAAUGAACUGGUCAUUCGCAAUACUAAAUGAUGGCCAAAAGGCAGCAGCGGAUAAUGGGCAGAGAGCUCAACUUGCUUGACCAAACCAGCCAGAAAUAGAUUUCUAAAAUCGUAAAUGGAGGGAAAGUAGAGAAAAUGCUGCUAUGGGGCAAAUAAUAAUUUAAUAUAAAACCGUACUGAAAUAACUUGUAUCUUACCAAAAUGCAUCAUCCAGAUUAAACAGAUGGGCAGGUAGUAAGUAUACACGUUAGUACAUCAAGAUCAAGUCAAAUUACUGCUGCUUCUAGUCACUGUUUUCAGUGUUACUCAUAGUAACCAAACAAUUACAUAGUUACAGUGGUUGGUAAGUCUUGGUAAUUCUGGCAAUUUCUUUUUAGAGUCUAAUAAAAUAUGCGCUUUUUAGAAGUCUAGAAAAAAAACACCAAGUUCUUCUUGCAUCCGAAUCCUCCUGUAACGUCACACCAUCUCACUGCAGGGGGAGGGAAUUAAUGGAGGAAGGGCUGGGGAAGAACUAUGUGCAGCACCGUUGAAUUCCUGUCGACCACACAAACUGACAGACUAAUUUUAUGCACAGAUUUAACAUUAGUCUCCCCUUGUUUCAGGAGGGCUAAUGAAGCUGAACUUACACCUCUGACAGCUUUAUCAGAUAUCUGUGUGUAUGUAUAGCAGUUUUCAUACUGAAAUGUUUCACAUAGUACUGGAAAAACCAUGGCCACUUCAAAAGGCUGAAGUGGUUAUGAUGCUUGAAGUAACUCCUUUAAAGACAAAUUUGUGCUCUCCUGCAGCUAAAAGAUGUGGCGUAAGGGAAAUAUGUUACAUUUCCCAAGUGUGUACAAACUGCAGCAUGUAUGCAACUGCUGGGAAACCUACCUAGCACAUGAUACCUCUAACGCACUCAGAAGAUUAUCUAGCGGAAAUCUGUCUCCCAGUGCCCUCUGCUUCCUAAUUCAUUUCAUAUAUGUGUUCACAAAUAGCCAAAAACACACCUUGCCUUCACUACAACGCCAUAUGUAAAUAUAAAACACAAACAUUCUUCUGAUCCAACCAGCAUUCAACUUUAAGCUCAGGACUAGUUGACAUUGGUUUAAAUACAGCCCUGGCUCAAAUGGAUUAAAACUGAUUCUAGAAUGAUGGUGUAAUGCCAUUUUAUGUUCUGUAACUGUAGUCCAUCUACCUUAAUUACAACAGUUAAAUGUAUGCAUUUUGUUGUUGGCAAAUGUGAGUGUUUCAUGUUUACUAAAAAGACUGGAGACCAAAUUGUUAAUUUAUGUAUUAUAGUCCCCUCUAAGGACGGUUUAAGACCUCAACAAGUUGUGAUAUCAGAAAGAAAUGGUAACGAAGACCUCUUUCAUGUUUCUUUUUUAAAUCAAAAUUUAGUCUGGAGGGUAAUAGGCAAAAUAGGUAAAGGAGGGUAGUGGGAUUCUUGUCAAAGAAUCAGAUCUCUAAAGACAAAGCUCUAAAGACAAAUUUUGAAUCUGUUGAAAACAAAGCUCCUAAUGUCCUACGAUAGUGUUUAGUUACCUUAUAGGUACUUCUACGAUAGAUAUAUUGGAUUUCCCUUUUUGAAAUUUUUUAUGAAGUUGACCUACUUUGACACCAUUUUAUACAGCUUGUUUCAAUAUAGUGAUUUUGUGAAUGAUGACUACAAAUGGAAUCUGAGUGCAUUUGUAUGUGAAGAUAAAACUGAUUGUGGAGGGAUCACUGGAAUUCAUGACUAUAUUCAUUAGUUUAUGAUGUGCUUGUUAUUGUUUGUGCUAUGAUCAAUUGUUGCCAAUAAAGAAAAAAGGUAGCCAUACCACCCUGAACACGCCUGGUCUCGUCUGAUCUUGGAAGCUAAGCAGGGUCGGGCCUGGUUAGUACUUGGAUGGGAGACUGCCUGGGAAUACCAGGUGUGGGCUGUCCAUGUUUCAUUUAGAUUAACCCAGUGUUUCUGGAUUACAGGGUGUUACACCAAUGUUUGAGCUAUCUUGUUGCUCUGGACACUUGUAUUAAGGUGGUGGGGCUUAGUGAGCUAUUUGUGGUUAGAUACAACCUUCAACUACUGUUGUAUUACCUUUGACAGGUUAUUUUCACUUUAUUUUUCAUUCUCACUUUAUUACCUCCGCUAUCCUUUCGAUUUCUAUACCAGAGUGUUAACCCUGUGGGGUCUGGUGCAUGACACCAUUUACUACAUAUUGCUACAUGUAUCUUAGCUACUACUCUGUUAUGAGUGAGUCUGCUACACUGUGUAGAGAUUGAUACAUGUGUGCGUAGUUAUAUCUCUGCAGAAACCAGGCCCUUUGUAUCCAUUUAUUUUUAGAACUUUGUUUGUUCUCUAGUUUUCCAAUAAAAGUUGUUUAUUUUUCUUGAGACGUCAUUUUGGGGUGGCCUGAAGGUGACCAGCCCGUUUUCUUUACGGGGUGAUCAUAUCCUUCACCUUUUUUCUUUUGUGCUCUAUGCAGGGUUAUGCCCUUUUUGCCACCCCACUAACCCUCCCUUUUCUGGUACUCCCUAUUAGGUUGUUUACCUGGGGAGUACUUUUUUCUAUGUUGCCAAUAAAGACUGAAUAUAAAAAGGCCUAAGACAAAACCCUGGACUACCAAAAAUUUUAGCGUGUUUAAUUUAAGAGUUUUUCAUUAUCAACCAAUUCUGCACUCACUACUUCUCUGAAAAUUACACCUUUGACUAAAACUUAGAAAUUCCCCUGUAACAUGGGUUACGAAUACAAAACCGGAAAACCCGUUUUAAAGUAUGUUAAAGCUUUUAUUUUUAUUUUAUUUUUUGUAUAUAUUUAUUUUUGUUUCCUCUCAUUCUGUUUCAGUGUGUAUUAUAACUUUAAGUGCAAUUCUCAAACUUCUCCUUAACCAUUAUGGGUACAAUCGACUACAGGUGGCCACUGAGGGUUCCCUUUAAAAAAAAAAAUAUAUAAAAAAUAAAAAUUGAUAUAGAUGCCCUUGUAAAAUGUCACCCCUUUUUUUUAUGUCCAUUUUGAAAACAAAAAUAUGUGCUCUUCUCAACAGAUUCUGGCAGCUAUUUGUGAUGGAGUACUGAUGGUCCGAAAUCCAUUCCGAGAUUUUCGAAUACUGGAUUCAGGAGCAUUUGCCUAAAAUGUGAUUGGUUGAGUCGUUUGUGUGUUUAAAGAAUUCAGAUUGUAAUUCUGUAACACGCUGCUCUGAAGUCAUAGACUUUUUUCACUUUAAAGGGAUACUAACGAAAGUAAAUCAUAUGCAGUCUUUUGUGUCUUAAGAUAAGCAAUUUAUCCAGAGAGCAAUAAAAAUAAAUGAAUAUUUGUUUGUAGCUAGAUUUUAAAUCUUACUGGAAGAGUAAACAUACUUUGUUAUAUGGCUAACUUUUUAAAUCUAAUCUUUACAUGACUCUCUGGAAACUGCUUUCUGCAUAUUGAUUAUUAUUUAAUUUUGUGAUUGUGACUAUUUUUUGUUUUUUCUUUGGCACUUUGAGGUUUUCUAUAUGUAAUUAAAUCUUUGUAUUGUUUUCACCAAAUUUGUAGCAAAUAUACUGAAUAUAUUGUUUUGUUUUUUUUUUAAAUUAAAAUAUGGACAGCACUAGUUGCACACCCUCACCUUGAUUUGAUUGGACUUGUUGGUGUUUUCUUUAACAAACUGAAGUGGGUUGGCUACGGAAUGCACAACCAAUUUAUAUUUAUUUAUUUUUUUAAGUGACCUAGUCCUCCAGUGCUACCAUCACACUGUUCUUCUAGCAUCACUGCAAAUGCUUGAAUAGGUAGCCUUACUGCUACGAAAGUAAUUAAAUUUUAAAUCAUUCUGGUCUAUGGAGAAUGAUCCUACAGUUUGCACUGUAAGGCCAACAUGUAGACCAGGCUUUCCCAAACUCCGGCCCUCCAGAUGUUGCUGAACUACAACUCCCAUGAUUCUAUGAAUGAAAUCGGCUGAGAAUCAUGAGUUGUAGUUCAGCAACAUCUGGAGGGCCGGAGUUUGAGGAAGCCUGAUGCAGACAAACCACCCUGGAAGCCUCACUGAAAGACCGGAUAGCAAUUUUUACAAAGCUGUUAUAAGCCUCUCUCAGAAAUGACUAUAGGCUCGGGUUGCUCUCAUCACCAUACACUUUGUAGUAAUACAAAGCACUUAUGGAACUUAAGCUGACCCGUUACAUUUAAAGGGACACUAGGCACCCACACCACUUCAUCUCAUUAAAGUGUUCUGGGUACAGUGGCCCUAUUGCCCUUAGUCCUGCAGUGUAAAACAGUGCAGUCUUAAUGAAAAUGUGAUGUUUACAUUGCAGCACUAAGAUAGCCUUUAGUGACUGCCUACCAGACAGCCCCAUAGAGGUGCUUAAAGGAUUUUACCGGACUUUAGGUUGCGCUUUCCUAUGGGGAGGUCCUAAUGCGCUCACAGUGCGCAUUUACCCUCCCUGACGGCUGACUUCGGAGGAGGCAGAGCACUGACCCAGUGCCAAGUAACAUUGGUGCUGGAAUCAGGUAAGUGAAUAAAGGAUUUUAAAAUCCUUUUUUUUUGGCUGGGGGACAGCGUGAAAAGGAGGGAGGAGGCAAAGGAAACUUUAGUGUUGGGAAUACAAAACUGUAUUCCUAACACUAUAGUAUCACUUGAAAAGAAAACUCCCACCCCCAUAACAACUUCAGCUUAGUUAAGUUGUUAAGAGGCAAGAGUGUUUGGAUAAUAUCUUACAUCUGCCUCCUUUUUUACUUCCUCUCUGUCACCGCAGUAUCAGGAAAGUUUGCUGGCCAGCUGAUGAUGGUUGAGAACAUCCACAGGUGCUCCGAACCUAUCACUGGCCGCCCAUUGAGGGAGAAAUAGUAUAUCACCUGUAUUUAAAAGCCAACCCUACAUACAAACACACCCCUGCAUUGAAAUGUAAACAUGGCAUAGAAAUAAACCACUGCAUUUUGAUGGCAAUGGUACGUACAAAUACACCCCUACAUGCGCACACACAGACUGACAUGGUUUUGGAGCAGGACAAAUCCAAUAUGCAAAAUGACACUGAUAGCUAGAUACAAAAAAAAAAAAUGAGAAUGCAGAGACGUAGUCAGACAUAAGGAAAGGUCAAUCCAGACAACAAAGUAAGAGGUCAAAUAUCACCAUUGAAAACAGAGGGAAGCUGGGGAGUCUUAAACAGGGAGGGGGGAAGAACCCCAUGCCACGCCCCCAUCACGAGUGUGACUCCCCACCAAGCUGCUCUGUCCCCUUCGCCAUAUGCAAGUGGCCCGAAGAAAGGCGAGUACAUGACAAAUAAGUACUCCAUAUAAAAACAUUCUAAUGUUAAAAUGUACAAACAUUGAUCACAAAUGCAACCCUGCAAGGAUGGAAAAAUGCUCAAUCCUCAGCGGGCAUAGUAUUGAGAGUUGUAAGAUAGAUGGGGAUUUACCGUUUAGCCACCCUUGCAUUAGAGAGGGCCCCCAAAAAAUUCUUG